AUGGGAUUGUCUUCAUUUUUCUCUAAUCUCAUAUUUCAUUUACGCAAAUUAAAUUCAUCCUCACAAUCCACUCUUACUCUCAACGAUACCAGCAAUCCCAAUUCAUCAAACAAUAAGCGAGCAGAAUCACCAACAAGUACCCAACCGAUUCCCAAAAUAACCAUUCAACUUAACACUAACCUCGUCAAAUUCAAAUACCAACUUCCAAAUACCAAAAAUUCAUUCGCAAUCAAUUUAUGCCACCUUCCAGAAGAUGUUUUUCAGGAAAUCGCCGAGUUUUUAGAUUUGCUAUCUUUACUAGCUCUUCGAUCGACAUGUCGCACUCUGUAUUAUAUAUUUCCUGACAAAAAAAUUUUCUCUAAGAUUUUCUUCUCCCUAACAACCGACAAGCAACUCCAAUCACUCUUCAUUUACUUGCAGUCUACUGAAUCACUUAAAUUUGUCCAGCAAUUCACGGUUUAUAAAUCUCCGAUCACACAUGAAAGCGUAAUUUCAAUUCUAAAAAAUUGCGAGAACCUUCAACAAAUUAACAUCGUCGGAGGAAGAGAUGUAGCCCCCAGAAAAGUCACCAAAGCUCUGGUUAAAUGGAAACAAGAUGGAUCUGGUGAUUCGCCAAACCUUGCGUCUCUCAAGCGCAUACUAAUGACCAGAUGUGUAGGUGGUAACAAGCGCCACAAUUAUAAAGCACAAAAAAUGGAUAACGACAUGAAAGAACUCGAUCAUGAGAUCUUCCAACUCGUAGACUGUGAUGAAUUGAAUU